GGUGUGUUGAGGCGGUGUAGAGUGUUUGGACUUGAAUUGAGUGUCGCUGCACAACCCGCCCGGACAUGGCAACUACGGUGCUCAACAGCUACCCGCUAAUGAAAAGCGGCAGCAGUAGAUACCCCCCUGACGCCGACGUUACGACUUUAUCCAAGCAAGCGAAGGAAAAUCCAAGCAAUACACCGCGUCACAAAGCAGUUAGUAAUGAGCUGUUAAGCGUGAAACAACAGCAGCAGCAGCAGCAGCAGCAGCAUCAACAGAUCCCAGUGUCCGCCAACCGCGUCGAGUCGAACGGUGCGCCAAAACUAUUGCCAGCAGCAGCAGCAGCAGUAGGAGCAGCGACCAACAGCAGCAGCAAGGACCGCCAGGAAACAUCCGGUCGAGCAGCAGUAGCACCAACAAGCAACACCAUGAGCAACGCAUCGUUCAACCGCGACCGCCUCGGCCAGUGGCCGUCCGCAUCCGACAGCGAAAUUGCGGGGUCAAUCGCUGGAUUCGACCGACUCCGCAGUGGAAAGUUCAAUAAGGGCCUAUCGUUCACCAUCGAGGAGCGGCAGGUGCUAGGCAUACACGGGCUGUUGCCGGCGGCGGUGCGCACCGAAGAGAAGCAACUCGAGCACUGCCUGGCACUGCUGGAGCACUACACUGAGCCGCUUGACAAGUACAUUUAUCUGAUGGGAUUGGCGGACCGUAACGAGCGGCUGUUCUACCGCGUGCUCGGCUCGAAUAUCGCCGACAUGAUGCCGCUCGUCUACACGCCGACGGUCGGGCUGGCGUGCCAGAAGUACAGCCUGAUCUUCCAGCAGCCGAAGGGCCUGUACGUGUCGAUCAACGACAAGGGCCACGUGUAUGAGGUGCUGAAGAACUGGCCGGAGGUGGACGUGCGCGCCAUCGUCGUGACGGACGGCGAGCGCAUCCUCGGCCUCGGCGACUUGGGCGCGAACGGGAUGGGUAUCCCGGUGGGCAAGCUGGCCCUCUACACAGCGCUGGCCGGCAUCAAGCCGAGCCAGUGCCUGCCGGUCACGUUGGACGUGGGCACCAACACGCAGUCCAUUCUCGACGACCCGCUGUACAUCGGACUGCGGCACCGGCGUGUGACCGGCGCUGCGUACGACGAGUUCGUGCAGGAGUUUAUGGAGGCGGCGGUGCGCCGCUUCGGUCGCAACUGUCUGAUCCAGUUCGAGGACUUUGCCAACGCGAACGCGUUCCGCUUCCUGGAGCAAUACCGCAACGACUACUGCACGUUCAACGACGACAUCCAGGGUACGGCGUCGGUCGCCGUCGCCGGCCUGUUCGCCUCGCUGCGCAUUACCAAGAAGCGGCUGUCGGAGAAUCUGAUCCUGUUCCAGGGCGCGGGCGAGGCCGCGCUCGGUAUCGCCGAGCUGUGCGUGCUGGCGAUGCUGCGGGACGGGUUGAGUGCGGCGGAGGCUCGCAAGCGCAUCUGGCUCGUCGACAGCCGGGGCCUGAUCGUGAAGGACCGACCGACGGGGGGCAUCAGUGGCCACAAGCACCACUACGCACACGAGCACGAACCCGUCGACACGCUCGCGGAGGCGGUCGAGCAGCUGAAACCGACCAUUCUGAUCGGGGCGGCCGCCAUCGCCGGUGCGUUCACGCCCGCGAUCCUGCGCAAGAUGGCCGACCACAACCCGCGACCGAUCAUCUUUGCGCUGUCGAACCCGACCAGCAAGGCGGAGUGCACGGCCGAGCAAGCCUACGAGCACACGGACGGGCGGGCCGUGUUCGCCUCCGGUUCCCCCUUCGCUCCCGUCACCAUCGGCGAGCGGACGUUCUACCCGGGCCAGGGUAACAACUCGUACAUCUUCCCGGGGCUGGCGCUCGGCGUGCUGUGUGCCGGGGCCACCACCAUCCCCGAGGAAAUGUUCCUGAUCUCGGCGAUGACGUUGGCCGAUAUCGUGACCGAGGAGGACCUGGAGCGUGGCAGCCUCUAUCCACCGCUCGAGCGCAUCAAGGACUGCUCGAUCAAGAUCGCCGUGCGUGUCAUGGAGUACGCGUACGAAAAUGGACUGGCUACCACCAGGCCGGAACCGCAGGACAAGGAAGCAUUCGUGCUAACCCAGAUGUACGACGCUGGCAACAAGGCGGCCCUGCCGGUCACAUACCCCUGGCCCAAGCUGUAAGAUGCAGCCUAAAUCACAAGCCAACCAAGCCAACGGACACUACGGAAUUUCGACCCACACCGGAAGUCAUCCAUACCUGGCUUUUUUUGUUUUUGUUUUCUUCCCCUAACUUAUCUUCAUCAAUGUCAAAUAUCAACUGUUGUAAUUAAGUGGUUUGUUUUGUUAUAUACU